AUGUCGUCCAGACAUUCUGCGGCGCGACCAAACCGAGCCGGCGAAGACUUUGCUCGCACUCACCACAAUGAAGCAGGCGACAACGAUGGAAAUGCAAAGUUCGAUGUCCGAAAUCCAUCCAUAUUAGCUCCAGACUCAAGGGAGGAGGAUGCCAUCCUUGACGCAGAUGUUAUAGGUGGCAGAAAUGCUACAAAACGAGGUGCAGUCAACCUGGACGGCUACGACAGUGACUCAGACAACGAAACUUUCAACGCCAAGGCAGCGGGCCGCAAGAAGGGCAAAGUCGACAUCAACGAACAGCUUGACAACUACGACGCCGCAGGGUCAGGUCCCGCAGCCAAUGGCGCAGAAGCCGAUGACGAUGACGAUGACGACGACGACAUGUUUGCAGUCGCCGCUGAAGCGGAUGCUCCCAAAGACGAAGACGAUGGCGAUUUUGACAAGUCUGGAAAGAAGAGGAAGGACGUCCGAUUUCUCGAUGCUACACAAAUUGCCGGUCAGGAUCACACUAGUAAAAGCGGCGGACGCAUAAGGCUCGACGACCAAGAAAGUGAAGACGACGAGGUGGAAGCACAGCUGGCAGCACAGGAGGAGGACGUGGACGAGGAGGUUGGAGCAGGUGGUCUGAAGCGAAACGCGCCUAAAGUGGAAGCAUUCAACUUGCAGGCUGAAAUGGAAGAAGGCCAGUUUGAUCAGUCUGGAAACUAUGUACGCAAAGCUGGCGACCCAGAUGCUGUGCACGACAACUGGCUAGACGGCCUGAGCAAAAAAGAUAUGAAGAAGGCUGCUGCUGCGCAUGAGAAACGUGCCGCCGAAGCGCGUCAGCAACGACUCCAAGAAGCUGAAGUUCUUGCAUCUGACCUGUUGAAGAAGCUGAUUCUGCUGUUGGAGCCUUCGGAGUCGCCGCUCGAGGCUCUGGCCAGAUUGGGUAAAGGUCAGACAAAGACUAAAAAGAUUCCCAAAUGGAAACUCAAGAAGAUGAACAAGGGCGCCGAAGACAUGGAGACGGACACCACGGAUGCUACCCAAGACCCUGAACAGACCAGAAUCAAGGAAUCUAUCAAUUCCAUUACAGACGCAGCUGACAAAUUGCUGAGCCGUGACUACGAAGAGGUUUAUGACCAGGAUCGCGAGCUGUUAAUACGGGCAUACCGGCGCGAGACCGGAAAGGAUUGGGUUGAGCCUGCAUCACGGCAUCAAGACAUCCAGCAGGAUGCAAAUGUUGAGCCAGUGCAGCAAUGGGAGUUUCGGUGGACAGAUGGCCGUGAUGGAGGAGCGAAGCAAGGACCAUUUGACAAAGCGACCAUGAAAGCAUGGCAGGACGCUGGCUAUUUUGCCAAGGGCAUUGAAUUCCGGCUCGUUGGCGGCGAUGAUGACGCUUGGACAACGGAGGCGACUUUUGCGUCGUGA